CGCUCAACAUAGCCCAGACCGAGCACGGUGAUACGCGACGCUUCAGUGUAGUGAUGACGAAGUGAUCGUGAACCUGACCUGGUUAUGAAGUGAGGAUGUCUCAAGCGCCAGGCGGCAAAAAAGGCGGAAAGGGUCCGCCUAAGAAAAACACUGAGGAUGAUAAAUCGACAGCGGGGAAGGUCACGGAUGAUAAGGACGAGACGUCCUCCGUCAAUGGUGAUAAGAAGGAGAUCAAGGAGAGCAAUGGAGACGUUCCGAAGCCUCCCAGCGCGGGGGUCAACAUGCGGGAGGCGGCAGCGAAGGUGCUGGUGCUGGCCCAGAAGACGGAGUGGUCGGCGGUGGAGAACACCCUCAAGGUGCUGGAGAAGCUGGUGGCGGCCGGCGGAGAGGACGCCGUCACCGUGCCCAUGGCGGGCAUACACGAUCCGACCACGGGCAUGACGCCACUCAUGUACGCGGUGAAGGACAACCGCACGUCCUUCGUCGAGCGGCUCAUCGAGCUCGGCUCCGACGUCGGCGCCAGAAACAAUGACAACUACAAUGUGUUGCACAUCUCUGCGAUGUACUCCCGUGAGGACAUCGUUAAGCUGCUGCUCUCCAAAAGAGGAGUGGAUCCUUUUGCCACCGGAGGGAGCCGACAGCAGACUGCGGUCCACCUCGUGGCCAGCAGGCAGACCGGUACGGCCACCAGCAUCCUGCGGGCACUGCUCACGGCCGCAGGGAAGGACAUACGACUGCGGGCUGAUGGAAGGGGCAAGAUCCCGCUCCUGCUGGCGGUGGAGGCGGGCAACCAGAGCAUGGUGCGCGAGCUUCUCAGCGCACAGACCGCGGAACAGCUCAAGGCAUCAACGCCGGCCGGCGACACGGCGUUGCACCUCGCCGCGCGGCGCCGCGACGUGGACAUGGCGCGCAUCCUCGUCGAUUACGGCGCAGCCAUCGACGCCACCAACGAGGCCGGCAUGACCGCGCUGCACAUCUCCGCCGCCGAGGGCGACGAGCCGCUCGUCAAGUACUUCUACGGAGUCAGGGCUAAUGCUGCCAUUGCUGAUAAUGAAGACCGGACUCCGAUGCACUUGGCGGCGGAGAACGGUCACGCAGCCAUCAUCGAACUGCUGGCAGACAAGUUCAAAGCGUCUAUCUUCGAGCGCACGAAGGACGGCAGCACGCUCAUGCACAUCGCCUCCCUGAACGGCCAUGCUGAUUGCGCUAUGAUGCUCUUCAAGAAAGGAGUGUAUCUCCACAUGCCUAAUAAGGAUGGAGCUCGCAGUAUACACACAGCCGCACGCUACGGGCACGUUGGAAUCAUCAACACCCUGCUGCAAAAGGGGGAAAGUGUAGACGUCACUACUAAUGAUAACUACACGGCUCUCCACAUAGCGGUGGAAUCGUGCAAACCUGCUGUGGUGGAAACCUUACUCGGGUAUGGUGCCGACGUACACAUUAGAGGAGGAAAGCAACGAGAAACGCCAUUGCACAUUGCUGCGAGAAUACCAGAAGGUGAUAAGUGUGCAUUGAUGCUGUUAAAGUCUGGAGCAGGGCCAAAUAAAGCGACUGAGGAUGGAAUGACACCAGUUCACGUGGCGGCUAGAUAUGGAAAUUUAGCAACAUUGAUACUUUUAUUAGAAGAUGGAGGCGAUCCUCUAAGGAAGUCAAAGACUGGAGAAACACCCCUUCACAUGGCUUGCAGAAGUUGUCAACCGGACGUCGUACGCCACCUCAUAGAAUUCGUGAAGGAGCAUAAAGGCGAAAGCAUCGCCACAUCAUACCUGGACGCCGUAGAUGAUGAUGGAGCUAGCGCACUCCAUUAUGCUUGCAAAAUCAAAAAAGAAGAAGUUAAAAUUCCUGCAGCUGACAGAGAAGUUGUUAAAUGCCUUAUAGAAAAUGGGGCUGAUGUAACCCUUAUAACAAAGCAUAAUCAUGAAACGGCUUUUCACUUUUGUGCUAUUGCGGGAAAUAAUGAUGUGAUGACAGAAAUGAUAACUCAUAUGUCAGCUGCUGAUGUUGGUAGAGCUCUUAAUAAACAAAAUUCUGUUGGUUGGACACCACUUCUAAUAGCAUGCCAUAGGGGACAUAUGGAACUGGUCAGUACACUAUUAUCCAACCAUGCCAGGGUAGAUGUAUUCGAUGUUGAAGGACGCUCUGCUUUGCACUUGGCAGCAGAACACGGUUAUCUACAAGUCUGUGAUGCACUGCUAACCAAUAAAGCCUUCAUCAAUUCUAAAGCCAGAAAUGGAAGAACAGCACUGCAUUUGGCAGCAAUGAAUGGGUACGCGCACUUAGUUAAAUUUUUAAUACGCGACCAUAACGCCAUGAUAGACGUUCUUACACUGAAAAAGCAAACGCCGUUACAUUUAGCGGCGGCUAGCGGCCAAAUAGAAGUUUGUAAGCUUUUGUUAGAGCUCGGUGCAAAUAUUGAUGCUACUGAUGAAUUAGGACAGAAACCUAUACAUGCCGCGGCACAAAACAAUUAUUCAGAGGUCGUUCAGUUAUUUUUACAGCAACAUCCAAACCUCGUAAUGGCCACUACAAAAGACGGCAAUACAUGUGCCCAUAUUGCCGCUAUUCAAGGUUCAGUAAAAGUGAUUGAAGAACUUAUGAAGUUUGAUCGGACUGGUGUUAUUUCCGCUCGUAAUAAACUGAACGACUCUACUCCGCUGCAGUUAGCAGCAGAGGGAGGCCACGCAGACGUUGUCCGAGUCCUCGUAAGAGCAGGCGCAUCUUGCACCGAUGAGAAUAGAGCAGGGCUCACCGCUGUACAUUUAGCAGCAGAGCAUGGUCACACUAACGUAUUAGAUGUUAUGAGAUCAACAAAUACUUUGAGGAUAUCAAGUAAAAAGCUGGGUCUUACUCCAUUACACAUAGCAGCAUAUUAUGGACAAGCGGAAACCGUCCGCGAGCUACUGUCCCAUGUCCCGGGAACUGUAAAGUCGGAAGCCCCAACUGGCGUAUCCCUAGUGCCCGUACUAGGUUCCGAGUCCGGCCUGACUCCACUUCACCUGGCGGCUUACAACGGCAACGAAAAUGUUGUGCGAUUACUACUAAACUCUGCGGGAGUGCAAGUCGACGCCGCUAGUACAGAAAAUGGCUAUAAUCCGCUUCAUCUUGCGUGCUUUGGAGGGCAUAUGUCGAUCGUGGGACUUUUACUCAGUAGAUCGGCGGAGUUACUUCAAAGCACUGAUCGACAUGGAAAAACUGGCUUGCAUAUAGCUUCUACCCAUGGACAUUACCAGAUGGUUGAGGUUUUACUAGGACAGGGGGCAGAAAUAAAUGCCACUGAUAAAAACGGUUGGACGCCAUUACACUGCGCAGCGAAGGCGGGGCACCUAAACGUUGUCAAACUUCUAUGCGAAUCUGGAGCAUCACCAAAAAGUGAAACGAAUCUAAACUGUGCACCUAUAUGGUUUGCCGCGUCUGAAAACCACAACGACGUCCUUGAAUACUUGUUGCACAAAGAGCAUGACACACAAUCUCUAAUGGACGACAAACGAUUCGUUUACAACCUCAUGGUGUGCUCUAAAAACCACAACAAUUUACCCAUCGAGGAAUUUGUGCUAGUUUCACCGGCGCCCGUCGAUACCGCCGCUAAGUUAUCCAACAUCUACAUUAUUUUAUCUACUAAGGAAAAGGAACGUGCCAAAGACCUCAUCGCCGCGGGAAAACAAUGCGAGGCGAUGGCCACCGAGUUACUGGCUCUCGCGGCCGGCGCGGACUCCGCCGGGCACAUCCUCACCGCCACCGACAACCGAAACAUCGAGUUCCUCGAUGUUCUCAUUGAGAAUGAACAAAAAGAAGUCAUUGCUCACACUGUUGUUCAGAGAUAUCUUCAGGAACUCUGGAGAGGGAGCCUCAAAUGGACUGGCAUCAAAAUUAUGUUCCUUUUUUUCGCAUUUAUAAUCUGUCCACCUGUUUGGAUGGUGUUUUCUCUUCCAAUUUUAAAAUACAAUAAGGUUCCAAUCAUUAAGUUCAUGUCAUAUUUGACUUCUCACAUUUACCUCAUGAUAUUGUUAGCUUUAGUGGCAAUUACGCCCAUUUAUAACUCUAUAUUUAGGGAAAGUUUAGUACCAAGGUGGUACGAGUGGAUGCUCCUCAUCUGGUUGAGCGGCCUUCUUUUGUUCGAGCUAACUAACCCCAGUGACAAAUCAGGCUUAGGAUGGAUUAAAAUAGCAGUGUUAUUACUGGGUAUGAUUGGGGUAGCCACUCAUGUCGUAGGCUGGAUAUUUGUCGAAAAAAAAUACUGGCCAACUCUAAUGUACUGUAGAAAUCAAUGUUUCGCCUUAUCAUUUUUACUAGCUUGUGUUCAAAUUCUGGAUUUCUUGUCAUUCCAUCAUUUGUUCGGACCGUGGGCCAUUAUCAUCGGCGACCUCAUGAAAGACUUGGGGAGGUUUCUCGCUGUGUUAGCGAUAUUUGUAUUUGGUUUCUCGAUGCAUAUCGUCGCGUUAAACCAGCCAUUCAGGAAUAUUGUCAAACCAGAGGAUGCAAAAAUUGCAAGAACGGCUCGGAGGAAACUAUUUUCCGACGUGACCAUGAAUCCUCUGUUCUCGUUCGAGCUGCUGUUCUUCGCUGUGUUCGGGCAGACGACGACGGAACAGACGCGCGUGCACCGCAACGACAGCAACGUGCAGCCACUCUGGACCAACUAUCUCUUCAAAAUAGUGUUCGGAAUCUACAUGCUGGUGUCCGUGGUUGUACUGAUCAAUCUGCUCAUCGCUAUGAUGUCAGAUACGUACCAGCGUAUUCAGGCUCAGUCAGACAUCGAGUGGAAGUACGGGCUGUCGAAGCUGAUCCGCAACAUGCACCGCACCACCACGGCGCCGUCGCCGCUCAACCUCGUCACCACCUGGCUCAUGUGGCUCAUACACAAGUGCAAGGGUCGCAUUACAAAGAAGAAGCGUCCAAGCCUGGUGCAUAUGAUUGGAUUGCAGAGGCAGGACCAGAUGAGCGCGAGGACCAAGGCCGGUGCCAAGUGGCUGUCAAAGGUGAAGAGGGGACAAGUUGUGCCCAAAGACUCUACACGUCUCUCAGUGGUGCACCUGAGCCCGCUGGGCUCGCAGAUGAGCUUCAACAACAUGACGAGGAUAGAAAAUGUGGUGGACUGGGAGAUCAUCGCCAAGAAGUACCGCGCGCUCAUGCGGGACGAGCCCGAGGAGCCGGUGCUUAAGGACACCGACGCGGAGGAGGCCGACAACACCUCGGAGGUGGUCCCCAACAAUGUGGCGGCUCCGCCUUGAACCCAUAGGGAGAAGCCAGGAAUUUACACGAAACCAUAUUGAAUUUCGGAGUGGCCUGCGCGCCAAGAGCUCAAGAUAUAGUCGAUGAAGUCUCAGGUCAGAAAAUGAUCAGGAAUCAAGUAUAGGACGCAAUUUAAUACACAUAUGAAAUUGAGUAGGACCGUUAUAAAGGCUGCUGUAAGAUCGCUUGACUUCUAAAGUCAAUAGACUUCUAAAGUUAACAGGUUAGUAAAUAAUAAUGAAGAAUCCAAAAGUAUUAGUGACAUUUAUCCGAAGUGACUCAUUUCGUUCUUUGCUAAUAAUGUUCCGAUUAUAGCACGCCUACCGUGUUGUUCGGUGUUUUAAAUAACUAUACUUAUUGUAGUUAUUGUGCAUCGUGAACACAUGAACCUCGAAAUAUUCACAAUCACCGAAACCAAUGUCAAGGCAUAUCUCAACUGUGAAUUUAAUGCGGACCGACCUUUUCGCAACAUGUUAUUCAUUUUGGUGUAAGUAAUAUGAUAGUGCAAAAGCAUUAGAACUUCCAUUUGUUUUUUUUUUCGUAUCCAUUAAAUGUUUUACAUCGGUGUACUCGUAUUUUCCAAAAAAGAUCCAUCAUCAUGUCAAUUGCCUCCUUAUAAUGUAAAAAUAAUCGGUACGAAACAAUACAGUUUAUAUAACGUACACAAUAACAUACUAUCGAUGCAAAGACAUUGUAAUGGAGAAGUAAAAUUACCCACUUAACACUUGGCACUUACGAAUUACAUGGUAAUGAAAACGAAUAAUAUCACCUAAUGAAAAACAAUACCUGCCUACUAAUACCCGUCAUACAUAUAACUAAUAAACGUGAUCGGAAAUUGAAGAUACCGCAUCUUAGAUACUUAUAUUUUCACCAAUGUAAAUCAAAACCGCAAAUUUCUGCCUGCGGUGGCAAUAAGUACCUCUAUCUAUACUAGUACUUCUGUGAAGAAUAUUAUAAUAUAAGACCGUUUGAUCAAUAUCAUUCAAGUCUAUUGUUUGGUACACUGGUAGAGAAUGCCUUAAGGUUUAAGUCCGCCAUUUGUACUUUUUAUUGUUAAUUUGUGCAAAUGUUUAAAUAAAUAAAAUUUGCUAGGAAUUCAAGUUGAAGAAGGAAAUCAAUUACACAAUUGUUAACGCUACGUGGCGAUUAAAACGCAGUCUGGCUCAGUCGUGCCACUGAAGAAGAGCGAUGUAGGGAGAGCUAGCUACAUUACGCUUACGAAGCGUAAGCGGUUGUGACAUUGGCUAGGUACCCUGGGCAUUUCUAUUUAAAGUUAUAAAAAUAAUUAGUAUUAAAUGGUGACUUUUUCAAAAUCACGAGCUUUUUUCUAUGUUAACCCUUUAAUCGGUGGCGGCAAAAUACUUGCCAUAAUACUUAAAACAAAGACGCCACCUCUAGAAUAAGAAUUACAGUUCAAAAUCAAACGCGAACGAGUAGAACAAACGUCAAAAUGGUUAAAGGGUUAACUGAGAAAAAGACGUCCUUGAAAUGUUUGUCCGUUUGUACACGUUUUUAAUAUGUAUAUAGGUACAUCUCCUAUGAUUACAUUGUUAUAAAAGGGAUAUAAAAUUAAAUUGAAAAUGAAAUUAUGGGAACACGUGAUUGAUGAAAUUUGGAGAACACAUGAAAUUGGGAGGGUAAAAAAUUUAAUAAAAAAAUUUAAUAUAGGUACAGUGCGAUCUUAGAAAUUAAUCGAGAGCGCCACAUUUUACCUAACUGUCACAUAUUCGAUAUAAAACCUUUUUAAACAUGGCAAACAUUUUGUAUGGGAAAUUUUUAAUUUCAUAGCGUACAAUUUAUACAUAUAGAUUAUUGUAAAUAUAAAUGCAUGGUAGAUAUAAUAAUAUUUUUGUUUAUAACAUUUUGUACAAUAACUUUUUAUCUUUUAGAUUUCUGAAUUAUAAUAAAAUCAAGGUUUUAAAGCAAUAAGUUAGGAUUUUACCUAUACCUAUUUAAAGUCAAGUAAGUUAUAAUUAAUAUAUGUAAUAUAAUAAGAUACUUUUAAUAUGGACCGAAUGUUUGUGAUAGUGAAAAUAAUAUUUUUCCAUUUUAAUUAAGUAAUGUAUUGUAAGAUAAAGUAGAGAUACGAGUAGAUAAUCAAAGCAAGUAACUUGUCCUAUUUGUUCUUUUAGAAACGUAAUCUAAUAUUUUUGUAAAUAAACGUG